CGACAUCGUUCCAGGCAACAAGAAGUGCCAAUUUAAAGCGCGUUUCAAAGUGCGUGCAAGAUAAAGGACAAAUCCGCUCAUGAAAAAUGGAGGGAUUUUGGAAAUAUAUGGUGUUGGGAAUCGUGACAAGCUUGGCGACUUGCGUCAGUGGAAUCCACAAUCCCUGUCCCGCAGCGAAUGAGACUUACUGUGAUGCAACAGAUUCCUGCCAAGGAGUGAAUGAAACAUGUUUUGACUGUUGCCGUCAUGUGAAUAAUCACUGUGAAACUGUUGAACUAUUUGCAAAGAUCUGUGAGCGCUUACCUCGUAUCUGCUCUGAAUUAGGACAUGAAUUGCCAAAACGCAUUGUUAGUAGUGAAGCUCGUAUGUCCAGUCAUCAUGCACAUCCUCCACUUACUCACUCAAUCACAGUCACUGUGGGACCAAGUGGUGUGAAUAUCUCAUCUGCUCCAGUGCACAUGCAUAAUGCUACUGCUUCUCACUCUGGAAGUAUUCAUGCUUCUAUGGGAGCUUCUAUGAAUGGUUCCAUAGUAGCUGCUAGUAUGAAUGUCUCUGAAGUUGUCUCUGCGAUUUCCUCUCAAAUAGCAAGUCUGAAUGCUUCUCAAGGAGAGAGCCUGAGUGCUUCUCAAGUAGCAACUGUAAUUUCCUCUAUGGUUGCCUCUCAAGCAGCAAGUCUGUCUUCCCCUGAAGCAGCGAGUAUAUUUUCCUCUCAGAUUGCUAGUCUGGUUUCUUCUCAAGGAGUGAGUCUGGCUAGCUCUCAAGCAGUGAGUAUAAUUUCCUCUGAAAACGCAGGCGCAAGUCUCAAUGCCUCCCAUGCCACCAUGUCAUGGUCUGCGGUACAGACUUCAGCUUUUGGCACCAUGGUUGCCUCAAUCAAUCCAAGUUCACUCAGCCAUUUUCCCUCAAGCAGUCCUGCAGUAGUUGGUCCACCAUGGUGGUCAAGCUAUAACCUAAGUGAAUCCAUGGAGAGUUGGCUCAGUUUUAUUAAGAACAACAGCAUGUGUGGCCAUGGUAAGAAAUUCUGUGGAUUAAAUCUUCAAUGUAUUCCUGAAGAUCAGCCAUGCACUGUUUAUCUCUCUAAUGAUGCAGUGAAAAACUUGAGUAACACAGCUUGGUGUGUUAAUUGUUCAUCAGAAGAAUAUUUCUGUCCAUUGUUCAUGCAGUGUAUCAAUGUUAAUGAAAGCUGUUCUUAUGAGAAUGUGGAUAAAUGGAUCAAUUCUAAUGCCAGUACGGGGCUAACUGAUUUGGCUUGUGGGGAGAACAAGACAUUCUCUUUUGCAACUAUGGAGUGUGUUCCGGUGAAUUAUCACCAUCAUGGACAUGAAUGUGGACAUGGUGAAGUGUUCUGUCCUUAUAGUGCAUCCUGCAAGAAUAAAACCGACUGUGCUCCUUUCCGAGAACUGAAUUACACUGAAGCUCUCAAGAAUGAUUCUUUUGGCUGGGUUCGAAUGUGCCAAAUCAGAAAUCUGGUUUGUCCAAGGGUUGCUGUUGCUUUGGAGGAUUGUGACCAUGACAAGAAAAAAUGCAAUUCGAGCUGUCCUGAGGGAAAGAAGGUCUGCAAUGAUCACCACUGCAUCCCUGAAGAUCAGAAAUGCUGCCCUGUGGGUGAAAUAUUUUGUAAUCAAAGUGACUCAUGCUUGCCAAAUGGAACUAUGUGUUGUCCAAUAGGCCAACGAUAUUGCCAGUACACUCAGGACUGUGCUGAACCAUCAAAUUGUCUACCUCCAAUUGCCAAUCUUACCUUUCCAACAGUGUGGGAAUAUCUUCAGCUUGGUGCUGAUUUGAGCAAAGGAAUUUUUGAACAAAGUGACAAUGCUGUAGCACUUCGCAGUCUAAAGACACAUGGAGUAAAUGGAUCCUUGGAGUUUUAUAGCAAUAGCCAAUGGACUGCUGUCAGAGCCCUCACCCCAUCGAAUGCUCUGGUGUUGGGUAAAACAAGUUACCUGAGAUUUGUCCCAACAAAAAAAGGAUCUCAUGGAAUCGUGCUGGUCAACUUUACUGCUUACAGUGAUUCUUCCAAAGUUGGUCAAUAUAUGGAUGCAUCAUCUAAGCAAUGGACACAGGGAAAGACUAUUGCCAUUUUUGUAUUACCAUCUGUAGUGCCCCCACAAAUGGUGUAUAAUGGCUCCCAUUAUACUGUAGAUGAGGAUAGCAAGGGUGAAAAGGGUUUUAAUAUAUGGGAUCACCUGUAUGACAGCUCUCCAAAAGGUGAUACUGAAAGUAACAUUCCUGAUGCCUUACUUGGAGAUGUGAACCGCAAAAUGGUUGAGCUUUACAAUGAGUUACUGGAGGAUGUUUCAUCUUUGGAAUUUGGGCUAAAAAUUAAAACCACAUCAGAAGAUAUAAAAUUUAAAGGAGGAGACACCAAAAGCUACCAUUCCAACAUGACUGAGAUCAAAUUUACUCCCAAGAAAGACUUUAAUGGCAAUGUAAAAAUUAGCAUGGAACCCUUUCUGGCCUCUCCAAAGAAGUCCUCUUUGGCUCUUUCUCGCUUUUUCUCCCACAAAGUUACAGAAGCUUUGCAUAUGACGAAUGAUUUGAAGGGAGAUUUACAGGGUUUGGGAAAGAAGGCACUUUUCAAGCUCAUUAAAGACAAUUCAAAGCCAUCUUCUGAAAGCAUCCUCACAGCUAUUAAGAAUUUAAAUGGUAUAACUUUGAAUUCCUCUGCUGAACAAGCCGUUUCUGCUCAUGUCAAUCAGAUCAUCAAUUCAGCUAAGGGCCCAGAUGGGGACUCCUUUUCACAUAUUUCAGCUGAUAAGAUCAUCGAGGUUGAUCAAAGUGGAGAAGUUCUGUUUUAUGGUAAUUUGACUGUGAUUACCAUAACUGUAACAUCAGUGAAUGACCCACCGGUAUUAAAGAAAACCAGGGGAGAACUGGAGCCGCUUCCGUACGAGCUGUCUGCAGGAUGGAAUGCUGGCACCUUUAUCAAAGAUAUAUUUGACCAGUCCAAAACGGACCCCCUUGCGGAAGACAUUGACAACAGAACAAUGGAGCUUGGAGCUGUCAUUCUGUCUGCAAAAAAUGGCUCUCUUGGACGCUGGCUGUACCAAAUGAAUAGCUCGGUGGCCUUUGAGUACUUUGCAUUUGACAAAGAUGCAGGGGAGGUGUUUCUUCUACCACCAACUGCCAGGAUUAAGAUGGAACUAUACGACAACCAAACCAUUUGGAGCAGUUCAGAAGCGUUGAAAGGAGGAGCAGUGAUACAAGUCAGAGCGUGGGACAUGACCGAUGGAAAUGUACCUGGUCUUUUUAAUACAACAAUUUUAUCGGAGACAUCUGUUAGCAAGAAAUUGGUCAACCUUUUACUUCUACGGCGAGGUUGUGAUAACAAGACAGACUUCGCUGCCAAGAAAGAUCGAUGCGGAGUGUGCAGAGGGGAUGAUGAGUGCGUUGCAUGCGAUGGUGUACCUAAUUCGAAUGCUACAAUAAAUGAAUGCGGAGAAUGUGUUUUAGGCAAUACCAAGAAGGCUGCAAAUUACCUGGUUGACUGUGCAGGGCUGUGCGACUUAAGCAUUCAGAAUAAUGAUACUUGUGGCAAAUGUAUGUCUAAGGAUGACAUCAAAAACCUGAGAGAUUGUACAGGAUCAUGUUUUGGAAAAGCAGACAUCGACGAAUGCGGCAACUGUACUGGGGGGGCUUCAGGCCUGGCAAUCAACUUCCGCCAAGAUUCCUGUAGUGUCUGUGGAGGAGACAACUCGAGCUGUGUUGAUUGUCUCAGUGUACCCAACGGCGAUGCUGAAACCGAUGUAUGUGGAAAUUGCAAGAGUAAGAGUGAUUCUACAUUCAACACUGGCUGCCUAAAGUUUGGUUCCGUGGCUCCGGUUAGCGGACGAGCAGGAUCUCAGGUUCAGAUCACAGUUAAGGGGGCUGGUUUUAAGUCUUUGUCUCUCACCAGCUGUGAAUUCAAUCAUACAGCUACGAGUCAAAAGUACGCUGCAUCACGUAGCGACCAUACUUCAAAUAAAAAUACACUGACCGUGACAGCACCGUCGACCUUGCCAACAGGCGUCUACACGGUCCUGUGCAGCUUCAGUGGCAACAUUAAAAUUGAAAGCGAGACCGCUGUGUUUACAGUGUACAACAGUUCAGUGAUUUCUCUGUCAAGUAUCUCCCCAAGCGAGACUGAAAUUAGCGACUCUGGCGCCACGAUUAACAUGACAAUUACUGGGACCAAUUUUGUCGACACUGGCUAUGUGGCUUGCGUUAGAGAGGGAGGUGCAAAGCUUGCGACUGGAGUUUUCGUGAGUUCCACAAAAGUUUAUUGUCCAAUUACCACUUUUAAAAAGUCUGCUCUUUUCAACGUCUCCUUGCAGUUUGGAAAGAAUGACCCAGCAGUUGAUUCCAGUGUCGAGUUUUCAUUUUAUGCCACCCAGCCGAGCGCAGCAUCACUAGCUUUUGAUAGUAAUCCCACCAAACUGUUAUUGUCCUUAGACAAGAAAGCAAAGCUUAAAUCGGACAAUCCUCAAUGUUCUGACUUUUUCGAUCAAGGAACGAUAGCGUUAUUCGCUGGUGACAGUAAGUGUAAAUUGGUGAGACCCAAAACAAUGCUGAUUCUGUUGGUUGGUGGUGGAGCGACGAUAAAACCAGGCGACUCAGUGAACUUUACAAAUGGCAGUCUAGCUGCGCUGGGAGAAGCCAACACUAAGUUUGUCGCAGGUACAACGGAACUCACCGUUCAAUCACCUCAAAACCCAGUCGUACCAGAAGUCGAAAUUCAAGGGGCAGAAUUUAUCGGACCUUGUGCUAGCCUAGAAAUUGAUACGGAUACAAAGGGCGAUGGCGGCCGACCCAUGACUUAUGAAUGGUAUGUGAAAUCCAAAGCCGGUGCAGAUGCCAAUACAACAUCUGAUAUGACCUCUCUCAAUUCAACUCUCGCCGGCUUAGCAUCCACGACAAGCUUCUUCACCAUUACAAAGGACAACAUUGUCAAGAACGUUGAGUAUGAAAUUGUUUGCAAAGUUACGAACUUCCUUGGAGAGAGUGAUGAAGACACUUUUUCGGUAACCCGCAAGAAUGAAGCCGUCCCAGAGGUCAAGUUGAACUCACUGGGUGAAACAAUGAGUAAAUCGGAAAGACGUUUGAUCCGUGCCUCAGUUAGCUUGCCAGGGUGUAAUGGUUCCGACGCUGGCGGCUUCGCGUACACCUGGGAGUUGAAGGACUCAAGUGAUCAGGCUGCUGAUCUUGGUUCGGAUACAGAUGCCACCAAACCUUAUCUGAAGCUCCUAGGAAGUAACUUAAAAGGUGGCGAGAAUUACACUCUGACAGUAAAUGUAUUCGAUAACGAGAACAUUGAUAUAACCGCUGAAUCGUCUCUCCCCAUUCAAGUGUCGUCGAGUGAAUUGAAGGCGCGAAUUGCUGGUGGUGUGUCUUUCGACGUGGGUUAUGAAGAUUUCUUAGUGCUGGAUGGUAAAAAAUCAGAAGACCCAGAUGGAUCCAGCGAUGAAGCUAGGUAUCAAUGGACAUGUAAAGAUUCUGAAGGCGACUGCUUCUACAACAACGACCGUGUUAUUUUGCCCAAGACUGAUGUUGUUAAUAAGAGUGUGUCAUCAUUUCUGCAAUCUGGAAAAACGUAUACUUUUAAGUUGACAUAUCGUAAAGGUGCCCGAAAAGCAGUAGCCGAAGUCUCGGUUCGAGUGAAGCAGUGCUCCCCACCAAACGUGAUUAUUCGACCUCAGAAGUCAAACAAGUUGAAUGCUGGAAAAAAAAUAGAAGUUCACGGAAAAGUUAAGGCUUUUGGUAACAAAGUGUCGUUGGACUAUUCCUUUGUGCUCGAAGACGGGUAUGGGUAUGAGAGCGACGUCUCAGACCUUGUGUCAGUAACUCCUAAACCAGAACUCAGGAGUGCCACUACUCGACUGGAACAGGAUAUUGGAGUGUAUUUCAAAAAGAAUGUCUUUGACUCUGGGAAGUACAGGUUCCGAGUGUCGGCCAACACAACUGCUUGCAGUUCGUAUUCAGAAACAGAGUUCACUGUAAAUGGUCCGCCACUAGUAGGUACUUUUGAAGUGACCCCUGCAAGUGGAACAGUCUUGGAUACGGAGUUCACUUUAAGAGCAGAUCAGUUCAGUGACGAUCCAGACGACUAUCCCCUGACCUACCAGUUCGGGUAUUAUGAACUUAUUAACGGGGAGGAAUUUGCUUCCGUCAUAAGUUUACCAAAUCGUCGAAAGAAGAGAAAGGUUACCCUUCCACAAGGCGACGAGAACAACAACAAUACCCUCCGAGUGUUUGUACGGGUUUUUGACAAAUUUGGAGCCAGUGUGAUGACCGAGAAGACUGUUCAGGUUUUGCCUAAAGUGUUUUCACUAAGCGAUCUUCAAGAUUUGCAGAACUCUGCAACGAGUCUAGAGGAAAGCGGAGACUUGGAGAAUCAAUUAGGUGAGAUUUUUGUGAUGCUUUUAAGUGACUUCGUUUCUGUUUCUUGUCGCCGAGCAAAAAGAGAGAGGACUGGGAGACGACAGGCUGUUAAUGCGCUGGAAGCGGUUUCGGGCGACAAAGAUGCAGAGAUGAAUGCCUUGUCUACCAUGGGGAAAACAACGGAAGGAGGUGCCGACGCGUUCGAUGACUCCACCAAGAACAAUUUCUUUUCUUUGUUUAAAAAGUUGCACACGAUUGUUUCGUCGCAAUCUAGAAGGAAACGACGGGCGGUUGAGAAUGAGAUUCUCGAUGUGGAUUCACUGACUGGUGAUGAGGCUGAGACCACUCUUAGACCUCCGUCGAACCUCAUCGCUCCAGAUGUCUUCACGCUGGAAGAAUCAACCCGGAAGAGCGACUUCUUAAAUCUCGUAGACUCAAUCGGACUGAAGGUGUGCGCUGGCCAAGGCACCGGCGCUCCGGCUGCGUUCGCUAGAACAAACAUGGUCACUCUGCGCGCUGAAACAUUGAAUUUCGCCGGUAUAGACGACGUUAGCAUAAACAUGGCGUGUUCAGACUGUCCCACGUACGUGAAGCAAACCGCCAAGAUGACUCUGGGAAAGACUCUGGAAGCGACGUACAAGUCUUGGAGCUGUUCGUCUUCAGAAACGUGCAGUGGAGCUUGUAUUCUCUCCACUCAGUACCCUGAAGAUCUUUUGUACAAUCAAACUGACUCUUCUCGGCUAACUGAUAUCGUCGAUGUGAAGUUGUAUAACCCAACCACAUUUCGAGAGGUUACCGUCGGGUCUUUAGCUGAGCCGGUUACGUUCUUGAUUCCGCUGCAACUAGGAAAAGUGUUUCCAAAUGAAAGCACGAAUUCUGCAGAGUGCAAGUUGUGGAGCUCUGGUGAAUCAAACUGGACUACAACUGGAUGUGUAUCAGGUCGUUCCGCUGUGAUAUCAGGUAAUGUGACUUAUGUUGAGUGCAACUGUACGACAUUGGGAUACCUAAGUGCGUUUGUUGGCCCAAAGAGGGAAGAAGUUACCACUCCCGCCCCAACCACUGCUGCACCAACUACUGCCGCUUGUGAACUGGAACCAAAGAGCUCAGGUGUCAACGUCAAGUUUGCUUUCAACGUGUCAUAUAGCAGCAUAAUUGGAAACGACAGCCAGAAGGCAGCUGUCGAAGCGAACAUUAUUAAAGCCCUUACUGACUCAUCGAACCUGGAUGAAUGCAGUAUACAGGAUUUCAGCUUGACAGCUGGUAGUAUAGUGGUGGACUUUGUCGCGGUGCCCAAAAAAGGUCAGACCACUGCCAGCAUACUGCAAGAAAUUACCAAGAUCGAAACAAAAGUCAAGGCAGGUACCUUUCAAAUCACACUGCCGAAUGGCCAGGUGAUUUCCGCUGACCAGAGUUCGUUCGAGUCCACCCUAGUAACUCCUGUUACUACAACUGCUGCUGUUCCUCCAACUGAAAGUGAAUCCAAUAAUACGACUGUAAUCAUCGUAGCCUGCGUGUGUGGGGGAGUGGCUUUGAUUGUGAUCAUCGCCAUCACUGUGUACUGCUUCAACAUAUCUUUGUAA